AUGUCGCGCGCAUCCAAGCUUACGCUUGCUACGACCUCGCUGGGUGCAAUUGGCAUUGUCAUCUUCGUCCACUACUCUCAGCGUGCAGAAAAAGCAGCUAUGCAUGCUGGUGUUAUUCGUGACUACGAGCAACAGCGACUGAAGCGUGAGCGACAAGCCGACUUCGAGAUGCAACGGGCGCUUGAGGAGGAAUACAGGAAGGUGCAGAAGGUUUCGGACGGCGGAGGGCCAGCACCACAGCCAGGCGGCAGUACAGCAUCAUAG